AUGAGGUCCGUCUGCGGGGAGCAGGGUGGGCCUUCGGUGGCAAGGUGGGGGGCCCCCCUGGGGGAGGGAACCGAGAACAGAGACUUGAGGCGGCCGGGUCCACGCGGCCUCCGCGCAAAGCCGCGGAAAGCUCCUCGCUCGGCGGCUCUCCGGGGACGGUUCCUGCCAACCCGCCGCCGCCGCCGCCGAUGCUCCCGCCCGGGAAGGCCCGCGGGUCCCCGCGCAGGGGCGGGGCGGGCGGGGCGGGCGCGGGGCCGCCGGCAGCCAGCAGAGGGCGCUGCCCCCAGGCUGCUCCCCGCCCGGACCGACCGCGGCCUGCGCGCCCCGGGGUCGGGGCUGCGCCAACGUGACCGGCCCGGGAGGGAGGCCCGAGGCCGGCCCCGCUCCGCGUCCCCCUGCGCCGAGCCGCUGCAGAGGCGCCAGCCCCACAAGACUCCGCAGGAGCUCGAGAUGCAACCGUGCUUUAUUGAGGACCUACUAGGUGCUAAGCACGAGCUAAGCGCGCCCACGGCCAGUACCUCCAGGUUCUUCCUAGACACACACUGUCUGGGGCCUGGCCAAGGCUGUGGGCCUGGGCCUGGGCCUGGGCCAGGGGCCAGUGGAGAGCAGGAACCUGGGUGCUGGAGGCUUGCUGGCUGGAGCCAAAUUUCUUCUGAGCCUUGGAGGCCCUGUGGGAAGGGAGGCCCUUAG